UUAUCUACACGCUCCUGGGUAAAUUUGCACAACGUUGGCCAAUUUAUACCUUUUGAUCGUGGCAUCCUCUUUUUUUACUGUACUUUUUUACGUGUGUUAGAUACAUAAUUAAUAAGAUACCCGUGCUAAAAAAUUGUCACAAGUGACUUUUGAAUACUUCCAAGUUUGAGCUUACUUAGAUAUUACUUGAAUCUAUUCUAAUCUAUUUUCCAGUUCUACAUUUCCCCCCGAGAUGGCAACACCGCCAGAAUGGGGAGCACUCCCAUUUUGGAAUAAUCGCGCCCCUCCACAAGAUUUGCCCGCUGUGCCUGAUUCCAUCGACUGGAGAACCCACGGGAUCGUAAGUCCUGUUAAAAAUCAAGGUUCCUGCCGUUCCGACUGGGCAUUCAGUGCCGUCGGAGUUGUGGAAAGUCACCUCGCCAAAAGGACCGGGCAUCUCGUCGAGUUUUCUGAGCAGCAAAUGGUUGACUGCGUCAGCAGCGAAGGAUGUUCAGAGGGCUCCACCUACGGAGGCUUGAAGUUUGUUGAAUCAAUGGGUCUACAGGGUAGUGUUUUCUACCCGUAUACCGGACAACAGGGAAUGUGCAAGUACAAUCGACACAACGUGGUGGCACGCAUCAAUGGGAUAGUCCAGAUAUACGGUGGCGAAAAUGCCAUGCGGGAUGCCGUCGGAAAGUUUGGUCCGAUUGCUGUAGGACUGGACUUGGAUCCGUCUGUCUAUAGGAGCGGUAUUUUAGACGGACCAAACUGUAGUACAACAACCACCUUUAAUGCCAUAAUUGUUAGGUAUGGAACCGAAGCCGGGAAAGAUUACUGGAUUGUUAAAAUGUCUUUGGGCCCAAACUGGGGAGAAAAUGGUUAUCUCAGAAUCGUCAGAAACAAAAAUAUGUGUGGAAUCGACCAAAUUGCGCUUUAUCCGACGUUUUUAGACUUUUAGACUUACACAGGGACCUACAUAUGCAAGUAUUUGUGUAUUUAAGAAUUAUAUUAUAGUUGUUAGAAUUGUUAAAAUUGUGUAUCAAUUUUAAGCAUUCUCAGGAUGCACUAGUAAUUUUUAAGAAGUUUGAUUU